CUCAUUCCAGAGGCAGGAGUCCAGCCCAGGACCUCUGUCCCUGAGAACUCUGAGGUCUCAUUUCAGAGGCAGGAGUCUAGCCCAGGACCUCUGUCCCUGAGAGUGCUGAGGUCUCAUUCCAGAGACAGGAGUCCAGCCCAGGACCUCUGUCCCUGAGAGGGCUGAGGUCUCAUUCCAGAGGCAGGAGUCCAGCCCAGGAUCUCUGUCCCUGAGAGUGCUGAGGUCUCAUUCCAGAGACAGGAGUCCAGCCCAGGACCUCUGUCCCUGAGAGGGCUGAGGUCUCAUUCCGGAGGCAGGAGUCCAGCCCAGGACCUCUGUCCCCUGAGAAUGCUGAUGUCUCAUUCCAGAGUUUCUGCAACUGCAGGUCACAGCCCAUCAGGGAGCCAUGAACUAACCUCCGCUCGAGUUCUGUGGGGUAAGAGCGGGGUCAGCUGCCUUGGGCAACAUGAGGCCUGCAUUUCAGCCUGCGUUUUGCAGAGUUUAGACUUGGUUUGAGACGGUUCAGCUGAGUGGCUGGAAUCAGGGACUGGGGAGAGGUGGGUGGUGGAGGUGGUUCUGUGCCUCUGUAUAAACUCCGAGGGGGAACUCAUACAUUUUGGGGUCUUUAGAAUGUGAGGUCUUGGUGUCCCCCUGCCUAUACCCAUCACCUGCCCCUGGGCACCAAGAAAGGCUGGCGCACCCUUGUGCUACAGGGCUGGGAGAAUGCCUGCCAGCUGUGCUCGGAGUCCUAAGGGUCGCUUGUGGUAACUGAUGAGGGUGAAGACGACUCGUGCUUCAGGAGAGCUCUCGGUCACGUGGCUGCCCCCAUGAAGGGACUGGUGUGUCUGUUCACUCAAUGCGAGCGACUUCCCUUUCUUUUUCACUAGACCUGUUACAUAGCAAACGUACGUGUCAUCCCGUGGGCCCCAGAGGGUUCCAGAAAAGUGUUCCAGAGUGUUCAAGAGUGUUCCCAUGGCUCCCUGGGACAGGGAGCAAGCUUGGGAGGCCAGUGAGGCUGGAAAGGCUGGAGGUGAGGAGAGGGGGUUGGAAACAGCAGGCCGGCCUGCCGGGUCCCACGGCGCAGAGCAGGGCAUGUGUUGCCCGCGCCACCAAGGCCACUGAGAAGCCACGGUGAGGCUGUUCACAAAGCCAGGCCACAGGAACAGCACAGGCUGGGCUGGGCGCUGUGGGGCCACGUCUGGAAUGGCGUCAGAGCCUGGUCCCCGAGUGCGUCAUCCUGUAAAUGGUGUCAGAGCCUUGUCCCUGAGUGCGUCAUCCUGUAAAUGGCGUCAGAUCCUGGUCCCUGAGUGCGUCAGCCUGUAAGCUAUCUGGUGACUUCUAUGAUGUGCCCCUUUUUCCCACAGUACAAAUUUUAACAAUAGUAGAUCUGAGCUGUUGGCCAGGAUUGUUGGCUCUCUGGGCUCAUUUCACUGGCCCUCAUGGCAAUAAUUUUCAAAAUCGCAGAUUGCUUUGAGCGCUAUUUUAAUUCAUCUGUGGAUACAUGUUGGGAAGUAAUUGCUGGCAUUUAUCAUGCGGCUCAUUUCCCCGAGUCACGUGCCUGAAGCACACUCCGUGUUCAAUGAACGUUUGCGAGUCAAUAAAUUAAAAAUAAGCCAUUAUUAUACUAUCUCAGUAAAAGCCCAAAUAUCCUUCCACAUGUGAAUAUGGGUAGAAAGAUGUCUGCAAGUUUGUCUGCUCCAGACGAUGGGAGUUUCUUUAUUUUUAAGCUUUUCCUCCUUACCUUUCUGCAAUGCCUAAGUGAUUUUCCAUUCUGAAAGCACAACUUUUAUUUGUUUUGUCUACUUUAUUCAAUGCCCAGUCACCUAGAAGCUUUACCCAAACAAACAGACAUCUAGGAAAAUCAGCAUCACAGAACUACGCAGAACAAAGGCACGAAGACCACCUUUCACACGUCUUCUUUGUUUAGUUCUCCUUUAGUUUAUAAAUACAUUUUGCCCUUUGAAACGUGCAGAGAUGCCAUCCAGACAUGUUGGGGGUGCAGGUGACUGGCUAACCUCCUUACCACAUCUUAAAGGUGGAUUAAGUACACACAAGGUGUCUCUGAAAUAGUCACGCAGUACAAUAGGGCCAUCGAGCUCUUAAACAUGAUUUACUUGCAUAAAUCCUCUGUGGGGACUGGGCACGGUGGCUCACACCUGUAAUCCUAGCACUUUGGGAGGCCAAGGCAGGUGGAUCACCUGAGGUCAGGAGUUCGAGACCAGCCUGGCUAACAUGGUGAAACCCCAUCCUACUAAAAAUACAAAAAUUAGCUGGGCAUGGUGAUUGGGCACCUGUAAUCCCAGCUAGUCAGGAGGCUGAGGCAGGAGAAUCACUUGAACCCAGGAGGCGGAUGGAGGUUCCAGUGGCAUUGCACUCCAGCGUGGGUGACAGAGCAAGACUCUGUCUCAAAAAAAAAAAUAAAUCAACGUUUUGGGGACACAUAUUCUGCUUAUAGUAAGGGAAUCUCGUAUCUGAGAGAGACGCUGGAUGUGACCAGUCACACUCGCUGCUUCCGAUCCUGCCCUGUGAACACGACUUUGGCGGGUGGGUCUCUUACUCGUGAAGUCACAGGAACGAGAUGAGGUUUUAGCAGCAGGAUCUGGGCGCUGAUGUGAAAAAAUCUGUAACGACAUUUUCACUUUAACAAGGUAAGACAAUGGAAGGAUUAGCUGAAAAGAACGUGCAGUAUUUGGAAGCGGGUCUUCAAUCGCGGUGCUGCCAGCCCGUGCAGAUCCUUCCCGGUCAGCGUGAGGUAUCCGCCCGCAAGUGGGUUGGUGCCAAUGCCACCUGGCCUCCCACUGUUCUCUCCCUACUUCUUUCUCAGCUGGUAGCGACCUCUUCCUCCCUGCACGGUGUCCACUUCUUGCUAGGACCCCUUUUCCAGUUCACACCCCUUCCUCCUCUGACCCCGCAGCCAUCUGGUGCCCCAGGUCCCCGACGGCGCUGGCAGGUGCCGCUCGCGCCUGUCGAGGGAGUUGGAAGACUCGGCCUUGCUCCUGCUGGUGGAGGCCCAAGUGCUAAACGCCCUGGCCGUGUGCGUGGGGCCCGGGGCCAGCACGGCGGUGCCAGCGUUUGCUCCACCGAGUCCUGAUCUUAGCAGACUUGGCUCUUCUCCUGGCACAGUGAUGGGUGGUGAUCUCAGCAGUGGUUUAAAUUCAUCAGCCUUGACUUUCAGCCACCAGGGCAGGCCGUGUUGGAAUGUCUCAUGGGGGACAGACGGGAGGAGGUGCCCAGGUUUCUGUCUGGACCACGCUUCCCAGAGCUGCUGCACUUACCCGGGGAGGGAUUUGAGAAUCUGACAGCCUAGGGCGCAGGGUCCGCUGCUCCUCGUGGAGAAGAGUGAAGGGAGGCAGAGGUGUUUCUUAACCCAUUGUCCUCUUCAGUGACCUUAGCUUGUGAUGAGGCCACAGAAGCAAUCCUGGACUACAGAAGGAGGGGCUUUAUUCUAACCUAUCCCUAUGGGGUGGGAGGGGGCAGGAAGGGGCAGUGGCAACAUGGGGAAAGUUCUGGGCAGGAACUCUGCCAGUCUCCAUGGUCAGACAGCCUGGGCUUUCCUAUUCAGAGGAGGAGAAAACAAGCUAGGAAGAGCCGGUGUGGGGUAUGGUGCGAGGCGCCGGGGCGAGGGUGGCGAGGCCCAGACAGCACAUGUGUGGAAGCCCUGCCUUGGGACUCGCAGUUCAGCUCACCUCUGAGGAGGCGAAGGCUGAGAUUUUGGAGCGGCUGCGUCUGCCCUUGUCACAGACUCCUGUGGAAGGGCCCCUUCCCUUCGGAGCACGGCUUUGGCCAGGGGGUCUCUUCUUCAUCAGUUAUCACCAGGAGCAGAAGUCUGAGAAGCAGAGACCGAGCGCUGCCUGAGAUAGGGUCUCACUGUACUGCCUGGGCUGUUCUCGAACUCUUGACUUCAACCGAUCCUCCCACCUUGGUCUCCCAAAGCGCUGGGGUUACAGGCAUGAGCCACUGCUGAUCAUAGCCCUUGUGAAUAAACGUUGAUAAGUACGGGAAGCUGCUGCUACCGAAUUUGCAAAUUAUUGUUCCUCUUUUGAACUAUUCAGCUCUGGGGCUUGAGAUCUCUCUCACCUCUGGGGUCUCGAUACCGAUUGUUGAUUUCAGGAGAGCCUGCAUGGAGGAUGCCCUGUAGGUGCUACAGAGACGAGCAUUCCUCCGCAGAAGCUGAUGUCUCCAGCCUUCGGCUAUGGGGACAGAUUUAAAAACAUACUUGAAAAGUUAACCGAUCACACAACAGAAAUCCAUAAGCACGACAUGAAGUGUGGCGGGAACGGUCCUCCUCCACCUGAUGUCCUCUGCGCCCAGGGCAGCUCAGCCUCCGCAGCGCUGCCACAGGGACCAGGCUAUUCUGUGCACUGUAGGACAUUCAGCAAUGUCCCUGGUCCCUGCCCACCAGAUGCUGGGGGCUGCCCUGGCCACUCCGGAAAUGCCCUCAGACAUUGCCAGAUGUCUCCUGUGUGUAUGGGUGGGUGGGGCAAGACUGCCCCUCCCCGAGAGCUGCUGUCCUAGAAGCAGGCAGGAAUGUUGGUCUUGUGUCCUUUGAGAGAGAGCCUCUGCGUGUCCAAGCGUGCAUGUGUAUCCGUGUAUUUGAGUGUGCGCUCGCACCCGCCUGAAACUCACAAGUGCUACUUGACUCUGCCCGCUGCUCUGCUUUUUCACUGAAAAACAUGAAACCCUGUGCUCAUAGCUCCGCCCCCCUCCAUUUGGAGGCAUCCAUGGCACCGUGUGCUGCCCACCAGCACGCAGGCGCUUUCUCAGCCUUGCUCGGAUCUGUAGGGUCACGGGGAAUUUUUAUUUUCAGUUUUGGGAGAUUUUUACUGAUGGCUUUCCAAAGAAGUUGGACUAGUUUACUCUGUCACCAAUAAUGCAUGAGAGCUCCUGUUUGCACAUGAAGCAUAGUGCCAGCACGACCACACUCACGGGUCCUUCCCGUAGUGGGUGAACUCACUGCCUGCACACUCACACACACUCACACUCAUGGAUCCUUCCCGCAGUGGGAGGACUCACUGCCUGCACACACACACACACUCACAGGUCUUUCUGCAGUGUGUGGACUCACUGCCUGCACACACACACACACACUCACGGGUCUUUCUGCAGUGUGUGGACUCACUGCCUGCACACUCACACGGGUCCUCCCGCAGUGGGUGGACUCACUGCCUGCACACUCACACACACUCACACUCAUGGAUCCUUCCCGCGGUGGGAGGACUCACUGCCUGCACACUCACACUCACAGGUCCUUCCCACGGUGGGUGGACACACUUCCUACACACUAACACUCACACUCACGGGUCCUUCCCGCAGUGGGUGGACACCCUGCCUGCACACUCACACUCACACUCACCCUCACACUCACACUCACACGGGUCCUUCCUGCAGUGGGUGGACAUCCUGCCUACACACUCACACUCACGGGUCCUUCCUGCAGUGGGUGGACACCCUGCCUACACACUCACACUCACACGGGUCUUUCUGCAGUGGGUGGACACACUACCUGCACACCCACACUCACACUCACACUCACACGGGUCCUUCCUGCAGUGGGUGGACAUCCUGCCUACACACUCACACUCACGGGUCCUUCCUGCAGUGGGUGGACACCCUGCCUACACACUCACACUCACACGAGUCUUUCUGCAGUGGGUGGACACCCUGCCUGCACACUCACACUCACACUCACACUCACACGGGUCCUUCCACAGUGGGUGGACACCCUGCCUGCACACUCACCCUCAUACUCACACUCACACGGGUCCUUCCUGCAGUGGGUGGACACCCUGCCUGCACACUCACACUCACACUCACACACACGGGUUCUUCCGCAGUGGGUGGACACCCUGCCUGCACACUCACAUUCACACUCACCCUCACACUCACACUCACACUCACACGGGUCCUUCCUGCAGUGGGUGGACAUCCUGCCUACACACUCACACUCACGGGUCCUUCCUGCAGUGGGUGGACACCCUGCCUGCACACUCACACUCACACUCACACUCAUGGAUCCUUCCCGCGGUGGGUGGACACACUGCCUACACACUCACACACACUCACACUCAUGGAUCCUUCCCGCGGUGGGAGGACUCACUGCCUGCACACUCACACUCACAGGUCCUUCCCGCGGUGGGUGGACACACUGCCUACACACUCACACUCACACUCAUGGGUCCUUCCUGCAGUGGGUGGACUCACUGCCUGCACACUCACACUCACCCUCACACUCACCCUCACACUCACACUCACACUCACACUGGUCCUUCCGAAGCGGGUGGACACAGGGACAUUCAUCUUUACGGUUUUAGUUCUUUUAGUUUGAGAGACGUUUGGCUUGUCUUUCUCAUAUUUAAAAACCACUUAUGUUACUUUUACAGAAAACACGGAUUUGAGGAGAGGGUGAAGUAUUUUUGUGCAGGGUGUUUAUUUUUUAAGCCCAGCAUCCAUAAAGAAAAGGGUACACAUCACAGCCAUCUGAGCUGCUCAGUUCUCACCAGGCGAAGGCACCCACAGCAGCACCAUCAGACAGAGACCGGACGCCUCAAGACCUGGGGAGCCGCUCACACCCGUCAGCCACCGCCUCAGUGGGGGAAGCCACUACCCUGUCCUCUAACACCAAGGAUUAGCAUUCUCAUGCAAACGUGGAUUUUUUUUUUUUUUUUUUUUUGAGACGGAGUUUGGCUCUUGUUACCCAGGCUGGAGUGCAAUGGCGCCAUCUCGGCUCACCGCAACCUCCGCCUCCUGGGUUCAGGCAAUUCUCCUGCCUCAGCCUCCUGAGUAGCUGGGAUUACAGGCACGCGCCAUAUGAGAUUAAUGGUUUCUCCAAGACAAAAGAGGUCAUUUCCUAGUAAUUAAUGAGUUCCUACCCCAUGGAAAAAUGGUUCUCUAGACACAAAUACAUCAGGCCGGUGACCUUUGGUCAUGCCAGGCCCUGUGCCAGAUAAAGGGGAGUUAGUGAAAUGCAGUGAGCUGGAAUCCAGCCCCCCGAUGAUGACACAGCAUUUCCUAAUUGUACAGGAGACGCAGGUGUUCAUUAGUCCGCAUUACCUGCAAACAUCCACAGGGCACUUCCUCAUUCCUCUAAAUUGUAUCACCCUUCUUUUUUCGUUGUUGGGAAAUCGUCACGUUAGUCUUUUUUAUUUAUAUUGAAGUAAAAUUCAUAUAACGUGAAAUUAGGUGUUUUAAAGUAUCCAGUUCAGUAGCCUUCAGUCACUCACGACGUUGUGCAAACAACAUUUUCUUCAUUCCUGAAGCAAACCCCGUCCUCCCUGGCUGCCACGUCCCAUCCCCCCUCCGAGCCCCCGCUGACCACUGGUCUAGGUUCUGCCCCUGUGGAUUUUCCUGCACAUUCUGGACAUUUUAUAGAAAUGCAAUUCUAGGAGGGCGCGGUGACUCAUGCCUGUAAUUCCAGCACUUUUGGAGGCUGAGGUGGGCAGAUCACUUGAGGUCAGGAGUUCAAGACCAGCCUGGGCAACAUGGGGAACCCCCCGACUCUACUAAAAUACAAAAAUUAGCCGGGUAUGGUGGCACGGGCCUGUAGUUCCAGCUACUCAGGAAGCUGAGGCCGGAGGAGAAUUGCUCGAACCCGGGAGGCAGAGGUUGCAUUGAGCCGAGAUCAUGCCAGUGCACUCCAGCCUGAGCAACAGAGCGAGACUCCGCAUGAAAAAAAAAAAAAAAAAAAAAGAGAGAGAAA